GGUGGUCACCUGGAACGUGGGCACGGCCAUGCCGCCCAGCGACGUGACGUCCCUGCUGCACCUCAAGGCGGGCGCCGCCAAGGAGGCCGACAUGAUCGCCAUCGGGCUGCAGGAGGUCAACUCCAAGCUGAACAAGCGCCUCAAGGACGCCCUCUUCACCGACCAGUGGAGCGAGCUCUUCAUGGACGUCCUGAGCCCCUUCUCCUUCGUCCUGGUGAGCACGGUGCGGAUGCAAGGCCUGUUCCUGCUCCUGUUUGCCCAGUACCGCCACCUGCCCUUCCUGCGGGACAUCCAGACGGACUGCACGCGCACGGGCCUGGGCGGCUGCUGGGGCAACAAGGGCGGCGUGAGCGUCCGCCUCUCCGUCUUCGGCCACAUGCUCUGCUUCCUCAACUGCCACCUGCCCGCGCACCUCGAGAAGGCGGAGCAGCGCAAGCAGGACUUCGCCACCAUCCUGCACAUGCAGCAGUUCGAGGGGCGCGCGGCCAACGGCAUCCUGGACCACGACCUCGUGUUCUGGUUCGGGGACCUCAACUUUCGCAUCGAGAGCCUCGACAUCCGCUUUGUGAAGUACGCCAUCGACAGCAACAUCCUGAGCCAGCUCUGGGAGAAGGACCAGCUGAACAUUGCCAAGAGCACCUGGCCUGUGCUGAGCGGCUUCCAGGAGGGGCCUCUGAACUUCCCGCCCACGUUCAAGUUUGACGUGGGCACCAACAAGUACGACAGCAGUGUCAAGAAGCGGAAGCCGGCCUGGACCGACCGUAUCCUCUGGAAGAUCAAGUCUCCCGGCGCUGGCUGCCAGCCGGGUCGGGCUGGCCUCUCCGUGAGCCAGCUCUGCUACUGCAGCCACAUGGAGUACACUGUGAGCGACCACAAGCCCGUGGCCGCCGUCUUUGCGGUGCAGUUUGCRUCUAAGGCCGACAGCCCCCCCGUGGAGAUCUACGUGGCUGAGGAGUGGAGCAGGCCCGAGCAAGCGGUGGUCAGGUACAGGAUGGCCGCCGGCUUCCACCGCAGCUCCUGGGACUGGAUCGGCCUCUACCAGGUGGGUUUUCGGCAUCCCAAAGACUACGUGUCCUACGUCUGGGCCAGGAGCGAGGAGGAUGACUGCUGCGUGGAGAAGCAGGCGUGGGCGCAGGUGCUGUUCUCGGAGGAGGCACUGCCCCAGGGCCGAGGCGACUACAUCCUCGGCUACUACAGCACGGCCUCCAGCAGCAUCGUGGGCGUGACGGAGCCCUUCCAGAUCUCACUGUGCAGGUCCGAGGAGGGCUCCGACGAGGAGGACGACAGCACCCUGGUCCUGCUGGCCUCCACGUCGCGCAGCCCCAGCCCGGGCAAGAUGAAGCAGCACCGGAGCCGCAGCCCCACCCUGGCCAAGUUCCAGGGCCUCAUCCUGCGGCCGGCAAGCCGUGAGCGGGGCGCCAGCCGCAGCCCCUCGCCCCAGGGCCGCCGUGGCCUCGCGGGCCACCUGCCCGCCCUCCACCUGCCCAAGCAGGAGCGCGGGGCCAGGGCCAAGGACGCGGCGCCGACCCCSGAGGGCCAGAACGGCACCUCUGGCUACCAGACGGCGUGGGACCAGUGUGGUCUCUGGCACGUCUCUGGGGACACGUUCCUGGCCAGGGCUGACCCCCGGACCCUGGGCCUGCUGCCCGCGCUCCGCUUGGAGACACUUGACCCCGUCGCGGGCCCGCGCAGAGAAAGCGUGGACCAAGGCUACCCGGGCAGGAAGAUGAGCCCCAGCAGCCCCGUGGGGGCCCCCCUGGGCAGCUCCCCGAGGGACGAGGAGCUGGCGCCGGGCGCGGGACAGCCCUAGCCCUGCUCAGGACACAGCUGCAGCGGCCCCGGGCCUUGGCUAGGGCGCUUGCUGCCUGCUUUGCUCCACCACUGAUGUUCCUGCUGAAACCUCCUCUCCUUUAUUUAUUGCAGUGACCGCCCCUCUGUCCCCAUACCCCACUGCGUGCCUGGCUCGUAGGGGGCUGCUACUGGCCCCUGCUGCCCAUGAUGCUGCCCGGGGGGGACCAUGUGGGGAGGCAGCACAGCGGGGAUGGGA